CAAGGCAGUUCUUUAGGCUAAAAGAAAUACAUGCAGUACACAUGUACUUGCACAAGGACGGACCUAAAAUUAAUGGUCACCACCAGAAAAAUGGCUACUUCUUCCCUGAUCGCCAGUAAAAUUAAUAGGCCAAUGGCCGGGAGGAAGCCCAUGGCUAAACCCAUCCCAGGGGGCUGAGUUGCUUGCAAAACCAAAGAGAAGUUGGUGAGCAUUUUCUCUAGUGCCCAAGACCACAUCCUUCAAGUUUUCUUGCCAUCCAGAUCUAGUAAGGAAGGAGGAAGAAAAGAGAAGAGAGGGAGGGAAAGAGAGGAAGAAGGAGAAAGGGGAGAGAAAGGAGAGGGAGAGAAACGGACCAAGACAAGAGUGGGAGAAACGGGCAGGGACCAGGCUGGUGAAAACAAUUGCGCGCCAAGCCACGCCCCUGUUUCCCAGGUAACCCGGUAAACAGACCUUCAUCUGCUUUUCGUCACUGAACUCCGCUAGGUGUGAAUUGGUAGGCAGGAAGCUGUGGGCAGGGAGUCCGAGUGGAGAUGUGUUCUUUCGUGAGAGUGGGGUCCCCUAAAGGUUUGGGGCACCACAAGGGAUUAGGAACUUCCCUUGAGACAGGUACAGCUUUCCCCUUAGGGAUGAGUGCCGCUGGAGGAAUGAGGGUGUCUGAGAGGAAAUCUCCCCAGAGCAUGGAGGUUGGUCUCACCCACGAAAGAAAGGAUGACUUAGGAGAGAGGGGAGUUCUCAUGGGAACAAAAUCUCCCACGGAGUUAAGGUUCAGAGUGGGAUUAGGAAAAGAAGAUUCCUCAUGUAGGGAGAGCCUCCUGGGUAGUAAUAAAUUUGAGGAGAGGAUAGCAUCACCAGAAACAAAAUCUCCAUUGAGCAAGGAGCUUGAAAUGAAAUUGAAAAGACAGAAUCUUUCUAGGACCCUCCUGGAGAGUAGUAAUUUAGGAGUAUCUGGGGUCUCAGCCUCCCAGAAAACAAAAUCUUCUCUAGAUAUGUUGCCAGGAAGAAUGGGCUUAGAAAAUGAGUGUCUUCUGGGAAGGUGUUCUGGAAGGAUAAUACAGCCUCACUCGGGCAUGGUAUGCGAAAGUCCACAGGCUCUAGGGAGCAGGAGAGGUUCUGUGGCUGGUUCCUCUGAAGGGUUAUGGGCUUCACUGGGGAAGCAGCCUACUUUGGAUAUGGAAUCUAGACAGGAACUGGGAAAAGAGACCUGUGUGGUGGUGAAGCCCAGUGCAGAGAUGAAGCCUCCUGUUGAGGUGGACACUGGUCUACCCAAACUAGAAGAACCAGAUAAUACAGGGCCCCAAAUAGACUUGGUGAUAGAACCUUCUGAGAGCCAGUUUGCCCAACAACCUGAAGAGAGAGAGGAGGCUGAAAACACUGAACCAGGAGUAGAACCUCCAGAUCGCAUCAGACCCAUAUACUCUGGGAAAUUUUUUGAUCGGAUGCCUUGCUGGCCAAGUGCAGGGAAAGUUAUUCCUAUUGGACACAGAGUUGCCACGUGUUUGACUGAAAAACUUCCUAGGCUAAUUACUCCACCUGAGGCAAAAAAAUUUUUCAACUAUAGAUAUCCACCUGCUGGAGCUGAAAGAGUAUUUUAUGGCAGAGCAAAUGAUCCCCCAAUUGCUCCUUAUUUGACACAUGGAAUAAGAUCUAAAAUUUCGAUACCGGCAAAGGUAUUGAUCAACCCAGAGCCUAUAACAACAUUUCAACAGAAAAUUAAAGAUAAAAAGGAAUCAGUAUAUUUUAGCAAUCAAUGGGCACCACUAGGAAAAUCUCAUGAUCAAACGCCAGGAUUACCUAAAGGCCUGGAUUUACUCAAUACGACAUUUGGGACAACAGUCAUCAGAGAAUCAUCUGCUAGAGAUGUAGUGAAUCCACCAAAACCCUACGAAGAAGUAUUUAAGGAAGGAAAGGAAGGACAUGAUCUGUAUAUUGUUUCUCACAAUGAUUAUUAUGUGGGAGAAGCAAAGAACCGAAAGUAUAACCCAUCAAGUUUCCAUAGAUUUAACUUGUAUGGGGUCCCAACACCACAUUUUAAUGAUGGAAGAGCCAUGGCAAAAACUUUAUAUUGGCUCCAUGAGCUACAAAUGAAAAGAGGAGCUAAGGUCGUAUCCAAGAGAGUUGAUGAUUUCAAAGAAAAGUUUCAACAUAAACUUGGAAGAGUUUUAGAUCCCAUUGCAGAAACAAUGAAUGUUCCCCCAGACCACACAUUUGGAGCUUGUCUCCGUGCUGAGGAGUAUGGAGCUGGUGAUCUCAUCUAUAACAGACUUCCGGGUGAAUAUCUUCAAGGCAAGGAUAGACAGAGAGCCCUGAUUGCGGCGGUGCGACAUCACUUGAAGAAAGUUAACUACCAAAACUUUGACACUUUGUUGGCAGCCUUCAGGCACUAUGAUAAGAAUGGAGAUGGGGUGAUAGAUAAAGCCGAGCUUCGGGAGGCUUGUGAACAGGUCAGCUUGCACUUAGAUGAGAAGCUCCUGGACCAGCUAUUUGACUACUGUGAUGUGGAUAAGGAUGGGCUGAUUGACUACCUAGAAUUUGCAAAUUUUCUUAACUGGAAGGAUAAAAUGCCUCUUAAAGAGUAUGAAGAGAGGGUCAUUAUUAAAGGUAGAAAACCAGAUUGUACAAACCCUGCUGAGGCUAAUGUUGAAGAAUCUGAACCAACUCUCCUGAUAAAGCCCGAAGAUAUUGUCUUAAAAGAACCAGGGAGCUCAGAAAAGACUCUCCGGACACUUCUGAGGCCAAGUGACAAAGUUUCUAAUCACUAUAAGACAACUUCUUCUGAGAUCAGUGCGGUUGUAGGAGCUGUUCCUUCUACUUGUUAUCCCAUUUAUGGUGUUCCAACCAUUCGGUCUGAUAUUCCUGCCCCCCGAAUUCGUCGUAUCAGUGAUAGAACUAAUUAUGGUGAAGAGGGCAAUGCCUAUUCGUUACUACAUCCUUCCAUCUUUGGCCAGAAAGGAGUGUUUGAAAGAGACUUCUUCAAGACCAGGUCAAAAAAAGAGAUUGCAGAGAUAUUAUAUAAUAUUGGUGUCAAGCUUUCUGAUGAAGAAUUUGAAAAUGUAUGGAAUCUUGCAUCAAAAAAACAUCACAGAGGAGAAGUUUGUGUUGAAACCAUCAGAAACGUUCUGGAUGAGCUACAACAUGCAGACUGGGUCAAGUGUAAAACAACCAUGUGAUAUUUUUGGAGUUCAUUCAUUUAAACAAAAGAAUUGUUAAAUCUGCAUUCAUCAAAAAUGUUCAGUCCAUUCUGGUUUUAGAUAUUACAUUAGAAUUCAGCAAUCACUGUAGUAGGACUCCUAUGCCUGUGUGGGUUGUUAAUAAAUUUGAUUUGGGGUUUUUAAGAUUUAUUGUUUUCUGUAAAACACCAAAGAACCUGAUAAGCGCUUAGAGUUAACUCUUUACCUUACCAAAGGCCUAGUUCAGAAUGAUAGGGGACAUUUGUAAUGUUUAGAAUGCUUAAGAAGUGUAUGCAUUUUAUUUUUUUUAAAGAUAUUAUUUAUUUGUCAGAGAGAGAGAGCACACAGGGGGAGGGGCAGGCAGAGGGAGAAGCAGGCUUCCCCGCCGAGCAGGGAGCCCGAUGCGGGACUUGAUCCCAGGGCCCUGGGAUCAUGACCUGAGCUGAAGGCAGACACUUAACCGACUGAGCCACCCAGGUGUCCCAGAAGUCUAUGCAUUCUAGUUGGUUGACUGAAAUUCAAAGUCUAGUUUGUGAUACCAGGUUGACAAAAUUUUGCUUUCAACCUUUUGUUGUUUUUCUCUUUAGAUGUCACUAUAACAGAACAUAAUAAGCUUAGCAAGUUUUCAGUCUCUGUUAGCAUCUGAGGAAAACAAAUACAUACAGGGAGCAGGAUUCUGAUAACAAAAGCUGGAGUUCCAUCAAUGACAGAAUAGUCAUUAAUUUUGAUAUCUUCCUUUGGCCAUUUAUAGCAGCAUUAUCAAUAAUAGCUAAACUAUGGGAACAGCACAAGUGUCCAUCAACUAAUGAAUGGAUAAAGAAGAUGUGGUGUAUAUAUGU